CUUUACCAUCACAAACUCACGUUGUCCGACAGCCGUCCUUAACCUAGAAAUAAAAACCAAAACAUAAAUCAGUGAGUAAGGUUAAAAUAAUUUUAUAAAAAAUAAAAAACAAAAUAAAAAAAAAAAAAAAAUAUUUAAAAGCAGUGAAAAAAAAUAAUUAAAUAAAUUAAAAAUUAAAAUUAAUCAAUGGCUAAGUACCUGGUGCAAAUAAUAGUCCUGGGGACACAAGUGGUAGGCAAAGCAUUUGCCCGAGCAUUGCGCCAGGAGAUAGCUGCCAGUCAGGAAGCAGCUCGGCGAGCCGGUGGCGGGUCCAAAGGUGCACAGAGUGCCGCAGCUUCCGCCAGGACCGGAAUGUCACUCGAAGAAGCCAAGGAGAUCCUGAAUAUCAAGAACCUCAAGGACCCCGAUCAGCUGGAGGCCAUCGAGAGCAACUUCAAGCGGUUCUUCGAAGCUAACGACCGCAAGAACGGCGGCUCCUUCUACUUGCAGUCCAAAGUCGUGAGGGCUAAAGAGCGCCUGGAUGAAGAACUCGCCAACACCAGGAGCUCCAAGCAGAAACCGAGUGCUGAAUGAUUUUUAGUUAUUUAUUUAGAAAUAAAUUUCAAUUUUAA